GUGGGAAAUUACGAGGCGCACGGAAAGGCAGCAGAAGUAGCUGUCAGGGGGGAGCAGCGACAGGCCGGGGACAGGCUCCGCUUUAUUUUUCAUAAUUUGACAUAUAUUUUGACGAUGGAUUCACAGCCUCCACAAAAGCCGUGGGAGAGGCGGGUUCCUGGGGCGAUGGCUGCACCUGUGAACUACAGGUCUGCAAACAUUGCACCAUAUGCAGGCCCCGCUGCUUCCUCAGGCCCUCCUGUCCUGACCAGAAUGGUUCCCCCAGUGCCCCCUCGACCCGUCCAGCAGACCUACCGUCCGUCCUACAGCUCUUUCACCUCCUCUUACAGCCCUUAUGGGAGCUCCCUCUAUGGAGGUUACAGCCCAUACAGCUACGGUGGUGGUGGUGGCUACGGCCUGGGAGGGUACGGCCGCCUCCCCCACAGCGAAGACGUCGCCCCCAGCCGGUUUGUGCAGCAGGCCGAGGAGAGCAGCCGAGGUGCCUUCCAGUCUAUCGAGAGCAUUGUCCAGGCCUUCGCCUCAGUCAGUAUGAUGUUGGACGCCACCUUCUCAGCCGUGUAUAACAGUUUCCGUGCCGUGCUGGACGUAGCCAACCACCUUACGCGGCUGCGAGCGCACCUUACCCGAGUUUUGUCCGCCUUUGCUCUGGUGCGCACCUUGCGCUACCUCUAUCGACGUUUGCAGAGGCUACUGGGGCGAAGGUCAGACUCUGAGGUUGACGACUUGUGGGCUGACAGUGCCAGCGAUGCCCUGGCUACAAGCUCACCCAGAGCUGGGAUGGAAGAUCAGGCUGUGAAGUCCUGGCCAAUCUUUUUGUUUUUCGCUGUAGUCUUGGGAGGGCCUUACCUGAUCUGGAAACUGCUGAGCUCUACCGCUGGCUCUGAAGAAAGCGCCACUAACUGGGCCAGCGGAGAGGAUGACCAUGUAGUGGCCAGAGCAGAGUACGACUUUUCAGCAUCAUCCGAGGAGGAGAUUUCUCUGCGGGCCGGAGACAUGCUUAACCUCGCCCCUAAAGAGCAACAGCCCAGGGUGCGAGGCUGGCUGCUGGCCAGCGUGGACGGUCAGACCACAGGACUUGUCCCAGCCAACUAUGUAAAGGUCCUUGGCAAGAGGAGGGGUCGUAAGCACGCAGAAAUGGAGAGGCUCGCUCAGGUGCAGCAGGACGACAUGCAGGCUCCGCAGACAGCCCUUCCUGCACACCCACAGUCAAAUCCUGCCCGAGGCUUUACCGUGGGCCUCGCUUCAGCCUCUGACCCAGCUUCCUCAGAGGAGCUGCUAGAGUCAGUGUACACAGAAACACCAGCUCCCUUCAGUCUGGUUACAUCCAACUCAAGUUUGUCCUCUAGCACUGCGCUAAACAUCCCUGAGAAGAAUGAUUUGUGAUGCUUGUGCAUGAAUGCAUAUCUCUGUAUGCAGAUUUGCUCAGUUAGUUAGCUUGACUAACAAUCAGCUGGCAGUAGACCCCAUGAAGCCCAUUAAGUGCUCAAAGUAGUUAAUUGGCUCAUCUGUAACAAUUAAAAUCAUCGAAUAUAUUGUGGAAAAGGGUAUUGGUUUCCGUUCACAGGUUUCCUCUUGUACAGUUUUCAAAAUAAAAGGGGUUCUUUUUAUUUCAUCAGCCAGAUCGUGUUCAGGAAAGACAGUAUGUUUAUUCUCUACAUGUGGUACACAUGGUCUGAUCAUGUCUGAUAUAGUAUGCUAUGUCUUGACAUUGUUUAAUAACAAGAAUUUGUUCAAUGUCGUUUAAGGUAAUAAAAUGCACUGAUGACAAAGCCAGGCAGGGGCGUGGUGGAGGUGAACUUAUCCACAUCUUUGAAAUGAGGCUGAGAGUUUAGAACAACUCUAUCCAUCAAUGAGUGGAAACGAGGUCUGCAUUGUAUUGUAAUGUCUGUAUGUAUCACUACACCCCUGGAGCCGGGGCACUUUGUUUGACCUUGUCGUUCUUUGACCUUUUACUCGGCUUCGGCCUACAAUGACAGGCUGUGUGGUCCUCUGUGUUGUCAUGGGAUUGGAUUCAUUCAUUCAUAAUGAGAUGAGGCUAAUUUUGCACAUUUUCAACAGUUGGUCACAGUAAUUU